AUCUAGAGGGUCUCAGUCCACCGGGGUGACAAGGAGGCAGGCAGCGCAACGACGGACGGGACGUCACUGAUAUUUGUAGAAAAAAAAAAAAAUAAAUACAUUUCAUCAAACAACCUCUGGAUACCUAACUCGCCCUGGGACUGGAUUAAUAUCAAAGCAACUUUUUUUGGUUUUUCUUUUUAAUUUGCUUUGGAAGGCGAGCAGAGCAGAAGACAAUGGGAUCCCACUCAUCCAAGGGAGAGGUGGCCGCGGAGGCGAACGCUGCUGAUGCUGCAGCUGUCAAAACCAACGGACAGGAGAAUGGACAUGUGAAAACUAAUGGAGAUGUCUCCACAAAACCUGAUGGGGAGGCCGCCGCCACCAACGGCUCAGCCGACGCGGCCAAGGAGCCCGAGGCCGGGGCGGAAGGCGACGCAAUCGAACCUGCACCUGCCGCAGACGGGGAGGCCGCCAAACCACAAGGCGAGGCUGCCGCCAAGGAGACCCCCAAGAAGAAGAAGAAGAAGUUCUCCCUGAAGAAGUCCUUCAACCUCAAGCUGAACCUGAAGAAGAGCAAGAAGAGCGAGGCUGUAAAGGAGGAGGCCGGAGCCGCCGCCGCUGACCCCGCCACCUCUGAGGAGAAGCCUGCCGAAAACGGGGCUGCCGCUCCAGCGGAGGAGAAGAAAGAGGAGGUGAAAGAGGAGGCUCCUGCUGCGGCCGAGGCUCCGAAGGCAGAGGAGGGGGCAGCUAAGGAGGAGGCACCUAAAGAGGAGGCUAAGGAGGCAGCUGCUCCAGCCCCUGAGGCUGCCAAACCGACAGAGGAGAGCAACUCGACCCCCGCUCCCUCUGAAAAGAAAGAGUGAUUGUACCUUGAGCUCACGAUGAACUGGGUGAACUGUUUUUCAAGAGAGAGAAAGAAAAUUUAAGAGUAUAUAUAUAUUUAUAUAUAUAUGUGUAUAUGUAUACAUAUGUAUAUGGAUAUAUGUAUAUGUAAAUAUAUACACAUGUAUGUGAAAGACUCCUUCGACGUGCCACUUUUUCGUCAUGAUAACAAGACGACAGACUAGAUUCACUAGAUCACCUCCCUGGUUACAGCUCAACAUCUGGACGUGGACUGGGUUUUUAGGCAGUGGGUUGGUCGCCCGUUUGGAGCAACUGGAUUUAACCGGCCAAAACCGCGAAGCAGGAGCCGCGUACGAUGGACGCAGAAAGAUGGAGCUGAGGCGUCUUUUCCUUAAACAUCCACACAGCUGAAGAUGCCUCCUCGAUGAAGGAAUCAUACUGGGACACCACCACCACUUGAAAUGACUGUUAAAUAGAAGAAGAAGAAAAAAAAUGUGAAAUCAGAAAAAUUAAAGAGACUCGUCAACUUUUUACAUUCCUAUAUUUUAACCCAAAUUUGAAGUAUUUUGUGGUGUAUUAUAGAAAAACCAUCUUAAAGAUACAGAGAAGCUACGUCUUGUUUGUUAAAAGCAAAGAAAAUAGACAGUUUUUGAUUUUUACCGUACUAUGGAAGAAAAAAAAAAGAACACUUAAGCUUGCUAUGUUCACUGUUGCGGUUUGAUAUGAUGCAGAGUUGUUUAUCUGUCGUGUGUGAGCCUGAAUCUGCUUUGUCUCUGUAAAUACGUUGGAUUGAUUUCUGUUCUUUAUUUUGCUAAUGUUGACAGAUGUUACUGGUUUUAUUGUAAAGUUGAUAAUGGUAAAUAAAUGUUGGGUACCUGCCUG